AUGUCAAAUACUUCACGUCAGAGCACUUUGUCUUCUGAAUCACCCGCUCGUGCUGGUGGGGAAGGUACCAACCAACAGCCAAACCUAAAACCUGUUCAAGUUAAACUAGUCCUUCUUGGUGAAGCUGCAGUGGGUAAAUCUAGCUUAGUACUCAGGUUUGUCAAUAACGAAUUUCAAGAAAAUAAAGAACCAACUAUUGGUGCUGCCUUUUUAACGCAAAAAUGCCGUUUGGAAGACAAAGUAAUUAAGUUUGAGAUUUGGGAUACAGCCGGUCAAGAAAGAUUUCAUUCUUUAGCUCCAAUGUAUUAUCGAAAUGCUCAGGCAGCUGUUGUUGUUUAUGAUGUCACAAAAGCUGCAUCGCUUGACAAAGCUAAAUCUUGGGUGAAAGAGCUUCAGCGUCAAGCGAACCCUAAUAUUGUCAUUGCACUCGCAGGUAAUAAAAUAGAUCUUGUCCAACCUAUUGAAGAGAGUGAAGAUGAGUCUACGGAAAGCGGAAGACAAGUUCCUACUGAGGAAGCUAAAGCCUAUGCUAAUGAAUUCGGCCUGCUAUUUUUUGAAACCAGUGCAAAGAAAGGGGAUGGUGUUAGGGACGUUUUCACCGAGAUUGGUAUGAAUGAUUUAAUCAAAAUUUAA